CACGUGACUCAAAUAUUAACUUUGUAUACUUUGUCUUUCUUAAAAUACACACUGCUUUUUAUAACAAGCAGGAAAAGAUUUCCAACGACCAUCAUUUCGCGGGGCGGUAUUGAACGAUAUAACGUGAUUGUUGUUAUACAUUUCGCAUGACUAAAAACAUGCGAUUUUAAUUGAAAUUCCAUUAUAGUGGUUGUAAUCACGAUAGAUGGGCCCUGAAGAGGUGUGGGACAAAGUGAACUCACCAGCGAUGCUUUGUGGGUAAAGUGCGUCUCGGUAUCCGCCCAUAUUCGCCAAAAGGAGGCCAACCUGAGCAACUAGGCCGGCGGACGCUGGAGCAAAUGGAAAGUUCAAUCGAUUAAUUUGCUCACUUGUUUUUGCCCGAUCCCGCGUGCUUGUGACGCCAAGUGGACGGGUUUCAUGCGGGCCUUUCAUUGUGGAGCAGGCAAUGCAGACAUCGUGUAAAACGAGAGGACGAUCAGCUUGACUCAGUUUGUCGCCACUUCAGACGCGGAACUCCAUUCGUUUAAAGGUGAAUCAUGACAGAAUAUAAGCUGGUUGUGGUGGGAGCUGGUGGCGUUGGCAAGAGCGCACUGACCAUUCAGCUCAUCCAGAAUCACUUUGUAGAUGAAUAUGACCCCACCAUUGAGGACUCUUACAGAAAACAAGUGGUGAUUGAUGGGGAGACGUGUCUACUGGACAUCCUGGACACUGCAGGUCAGGAGGAGUACAGCGCCAUGAGAGAUCAGUAUAUGAGAACAGGGGAGGGCUUCCUCUGUGUCUUUGCCAUCAACAACACCAAGUCCUUUGAGGAUAUUCACCACUACAGAGAACAAAUAAAGCGGGUGAAAGACUCCGAGGAUGUCCCCAUGGUGCUGGUGGGCAACAAGUGUGAUCUCCCGUCCCGGACAGUGGACACCAAGCAGGCUCAGGACUUAGCACGAAGCUACGGCAUUCCCUUCAUUGAGACCUCAGCAAAAACCAGACAGAGAGUGGAAGAUGCCUUUUACACUCUGGUACGGGAGAUCAGGCAGUACCGCCUCAAUAGGCUCAGCAAGGAAGAAAAGACUCCGCGCUGUGUCAAGCUUAAAAAGUGUGUUGUGAUGUGAAUGGGGGAGUCGACGACGCCUUUUACACGUUAGUACGAGAAAUCCGCAAGCAUAAGGAGAAGAUGAGCAAGGAGGGCAAAAAGAAGAAAAAGAAGUCCAAGACAAAGUGCACACUCAUGUGAAAAAUCCGAAAAAGAAACUAUGUUGAACAGAGAAAGUAAUACAUUUUGUACAUCACACUAAAUUAUUAGCCUCUUUCUCAAUACCCUCUGUAACCAAUACUAAAGCUGACCCACUUUGUCUGCCUUCUUAUUCUUUGCUACAUGGACACCAAUAAGCUUUAUUUCUUGUAUAGUGGCAGUUGCUCACACGCAUUGGUUUGAUUAUUAUGGGUGAUGUUGAUUUAACAAGGCCCCGCCUCGCCCCGCCCCCCCGGUUGUUGGUAAAUUAUGUCACAGCACAUGCCUGUCAACCUUUUCCAUGAUAAUUGAGUCUUUUCAGCCAUAGGUUUUUGUCAUGGCAUGCCAAAGAACGACAAUUGGUCCCUCGUAUGUGCUAUUUUCACUGAUAUGUAUGCAUGAUGAUGAACUCCUUUACUAGUCUUCAAAAGUUCUAACAAGUUAAAAUAGCAAUUAAUGAUUUGUUUGUAUUUUGUGGGGAGUGGCCUCUUUGUAUUUUCUUUUUGCAUGCAUGCAUUUUUCCUCAGAGGACAUGCAUAAAGUGUGUGGUUGAUUGGAUGGGCAAGUCAAGAUCAAGUCUUCAGUAAUGUUUACGUUGUUGUUCGUACAUGACUAAUUUUACGAUCCUUGUUAGAUCUGUGCUUUAUUUGCUGGGUUUUACACAAAAGUAACACAUUUCCUAUGUGCUGUUGUUUAUAUGUUAAAAGGUUUGAUUGUAGGAAUUUUUCCUCGCAAUGUUUUUUUUCCCCUCCCCCCCAAGCAGUCAAAGGCAGACAUAAUGUGUAGGACCACUUUUUUUUUUUUUUUUUAAAUCACGAGGUUCUCAUUGUUUUUAGGUAAAAUGAGAUUUUGCAUAUCCCAAUAUAUCCUCUUCAGACCUAAAGAUUAGAAAUACUAUUAAAAGCGACCAGGCAGUGUUCUUUGUGGUUGUGAGCGGUAGAAUGCAGCUUUCUUAUAUGCUGCUUGUUUUCAGGUUUUCCUUUAAAGGAUUUAGUCCCUUCAAAGUGUUCCAAUGAUUUCAGACUACUUUAGAAAGAAGUUAUCCAGCAAAGUAAUUGCUCACUUUUUGUGACAAAGUUGUUUGACUCAUGAUGUAAGUGAUGCUAAGUUGUAAAUGAGGCACAACUUGCCAUAAAAUUAGCCUCUUUUGGGCAAUAUUGUUUAAAAAAAAAAAAAAGUACAAACUUCUCUUGUGGGUCAGCUUAUAUUUUGCCUUUCCCAUGUUUGAUUUGAGCUGAUUUCCCUUUAGCAGAUGGGUCUGCCUUCCAGGUUUGCAUCAGAUUCCGUGUAGAUGGCAGGGAGACUAAAGACGUUUCGAUUGACAGCGUGCUCAGAAAAUGCACAGGAAGCUGUUUGAACAUUUCAGAGUUUCAAUAAGAGACCUUUGCUUUUUACAGGUGCUUUGAUUCUUCAUUGAGUUUGUUCCCAGAAAGCCGGUUUAAUGACGGCGCCCCAUUUAAAGACUUUCACAAUCAGUGUUUUGCUGGUUCGAAGUUAGUGGCCCCAUUAUGUUUGCCAAGACGGCACGGCACAGGCCACUCAGGAUGUCGCUGCACCAGUUUAAAGUUCCACUGGGGGUCAGCCUAGGCAUUUUGAAGGCUUUUAAAGGUUGUCUUUUACCUGUUAAAUGUUUUGUUUUGAACCCUGAUUGUGUGCCAACAGCUGAUUUGAUUUCUCACAUGAAUCACUUAAACCUUGAUCAUAUGUUAUGAACCUUUGUAUAGUUGUGAUACUGAAAGGUGCAUAUUUUGUAAAUUGGUGUGUGUUGUCCAGAAUGUUGCUUUAAUGGACUUUCUCUGUGCUUAGUGUGUGACUAGUGUGUCUGUGUCCAGGGUGAGGGGAGUGAAUGAAUGGCCACUUUGCAACAUGUCGGGUGGUAAUCUGAUCUCAAAUGCGUCUAUUUUUUGCCAUGAAUCUCACCACUCCUAUUUAAUGUGUAUUAAAGAACAUCAAAAGUAA